AUGCGUCUCUCCAGGGGCGCAUCUGUUGCGGCCUUGGCUGUAUCAGCCAGCGCCGCAUCGCUAUCUGAUGUCUGUACCGUGUCGAACGUCAAGUCCGCCUUGCCUUCCAACGGCACUCUCCUCGGUAUUGACCUGAUCCCCUCGGCCGUGACCGCUGCCGCCGUCUAUAAUGCCAGCGCCGGCAUGGGAAGCACCGAGACCUACACCUAUUGUAACGUGACAGUCAGCUACACCCACACCGGCAAGGAUGAAUCAAUUGUCAUCAAGUAUGCCUUCCCCGAGCCGUCCGACUUCAAGAAGCGUUUCUACGUUGCCGGCGGUGGUGGUUUUUCUCUGUCCAGCGAUGCUACCGGUGGACUCGAGUACGGUGCAGUUGGUGGUGCCACCAGUGCGGGAUAUGAUGCCUUCGACUACAGCUACGACGACGUCGCGCUGUACGGCAACGGAACCAUCAACUGGGAUGCAACCUACAUGUUCGCCUACCAGGCCCUUGGUGAGAUGACCAAGAUUGGAAAGGCCAUCACCCCCGGAUUUUACGGCAUGUCUUCCUCCUCCAAGGUCUACACCUACUACGAGGGUUGCUCCGACGGUGGUCGUGAGGGUAUGAGCCAGAUCCAGCGCUAUGGUGAGGAGUACGACGGUGCUAUCACCGGUGCCCCUGCUUUCCGUUUCGCCCAGCAGCAGGUCCACCACGUCUUCCCUUCUGAGGUUGAGCAGACUCUCGACUACUACCCUCCCCCCUGCGAGUUGGCCAAGAUCGUCAACGCCACCAUCGCCGCCUGUGAUCCCCUCGACGGCAGAACUGACGGUGUCAUCUCCCGUACCGACCUCUGCAAGCUGAACUUCAACCUGAGCUCCAUCAUCGGCGAGAAGUACCACUGCGCCGCCGAGACCAGCACCUCUCUCGGCUUCGGCUUCAGCAAGCGCGCCGAGGGCAGCACAACCAGCUACCAGCCCGCCCAGAACGGUAAGGUCACCGCGAUGGGAGUGAAGGUGGCCCAAGCCAUCUACGACGGCCUCCACAACUCCAAGGGCGAGCGUGCCUACCUCUCAUGGCAAAUCGGCUCGGAGCUCAGCGACGCCGAAACAACCUGGAACAACAACACCAAAAAGUGGGAGAUGAACAUCCCCUCCACCGGCGGGGAAUACGUAACCAAGUUCGUCCAGCUCCUCAACAUCGACAACCUCUCCGACCUCAACAACGUCACCUACGACACCCUCGUCGACUGGAUGAACACCGGUAUGGUGCGGUACAUGGACAGCCUGCAGACGACCCUGCCCGAUCUGACACCCUUCCAAUCCUCCGGCGGCAAGCUGCUACACUACCACGGCGAAUCAGACCCCAGUAUCCCGACUGCCUCGUCCGUGCACUACUGGCAGUCGGUCCGGUCCAUCAUGUACCCUCACCUGUCGUCCGCAGCCAGUCUGGCCAAGCUUUCCGACUGGUACCAGUUCUACCUUGUGCCCGGUGCGGCGCACUGUGGUACCAACAGCUUGCAGCCUGGUCCUUACCCCGAGGAUAACAUGCAGACUAUGAUUAACUGGGUUGAGAAUGGAGUUAAGCCUAGCCGGUUGAAUGCUACUGUUUCGUCUGGUGAUUACAAGGGUGAGACCCAGAUGCUUUGCCAGUGGCCUACUCGUCCUUACUGGAAGAGUAACAGCACCUUUGAGUGUGCUUAUGAUAAGGCUUCGUUUGAUAGCUGGACUUAUACUUUUGAUGCUUUCAAGGUUCCUGUCUACUAG